UGCACCUCUCCGCCUGGGGGGCUUGGCGGCCUGUAUGAAAGGCCUCGGAAUUAUAAUGACUCUCAUACUGAUAAAGGAAUAAUCACUCCAAGAGCUGAUGACUAAACGUCUAAAUCUGACAUUUAGUUUGGUGGAUACAGUCUGGAUUAAAAAUUCAGGAGUUGAGUGAACUUUAAGUGUGACGACGUUUGUACUUUAAGGGAGUGUUAACACAGCAUCACUAAGACGUCCUUUAGUGGAUAUAAUUUCAAUCGAGGGCCAGGUCUAUUAUCGUGAAGAGGGACGCAUCCUGGAGGUGUAUGAUAAGCAGCAGACAGGUGGAACGGAAUAUUGAGCCAUAAAAAAGGGGAUCAGGCGAAACCAUCUUUUUAUAUACUCACUAAAAGUAGCAUUCGAGAAGGUAGGCGAGUUGGUUGGCGCCUUAUCCAGACACAGACAGACGGUGGACAUUUUAGGUAACUCUAGUUUCCUAGCAACCUAUGCUCCAUACCGGAAAUUACAUAGUCACAUGAUGCCAAUCGUACUGUAUCAGCCAAUCGGAUGGGUCUAGCUGACACGUGACACCAGAACAACCGGGAAGCUUAAGAAUAAUAAUUCAUUUUUGGAUUAUUUGAAGCAGUUCGACUUGGCCAUUAGGAUUUUCAGCAUCAGAAAUGGAGUUUAGACAUUGUACGGAUCUUUUGAUUCAGUUUCUCGCUCUUGCCGGGGUGAUAAAUCUGAUACAGGCGGCGGCUCAUGCACCUUGCUUUAGCUGUGAACUCUACAGUCUUAUGCACGGCGAUCAACCAUCUUCAGCACAUAAGGUAAGACCAGGAGGCGAUACAGACACCCAGGUAACCGAGAUUCAUAACAUUGAUAAACCAAUACGUUCCAAGUGUACCUACCCGUGCGAGUGUCCUAGUGAACACCCCAAAUGCAAGCCUGGCAUAUCAAUCGUCAAGGACGGGUGUGGCUGCUGUGAGAUGUGCGGCCGCCAGCAGGGAGAGUACUGCGACCAUAAGAGGAUGUGCGAUGAACGAAAAGGAUUCGUGUGCGACUUUCAUAAGAAUAAUGGACUCAGUGGCGUCUGCAGAGCAAAAUCUGCCGAGCCUUGCAGUGUGAAUGGCAUCAUGUAUAAAGAUGGCGAGGAAUUCAAACCGGAAUGCCGGCGUCUGUGCACGUGUCAGAAUGGUCACUAUGGCUGCGUCUCGCUGUGCCCCCAAGAGGAGAAGAAACCUUCAACCAAAAACUGCAUCAAUGCUCGGCUUGUGCCCAUUCCAGAUCAGUGUUGCCGGGAAUGGAUGUGUGACAAUAUACAGGCAGAUAACACAGGCAAUUUUCUGGGGAGCGUGCCCACGGCCGAAGUGGUGUCCGUGCCGACGACCAACACUCCGAACUGCAAGCGUGAGACCUCUGCCUGGAGUGCCUGUUCCACCUCGUGUGACAUGGGCCUGUCAGUCAGAGUCACCAAUGACAACACAGAGUGUAAGCCAGUGCAGCAGAUCCGUUUCUGUACCAUCAGGCCUUGCGAUAUGCCAGAGGGCAAGCUGCCGGGCAAGCGAUGUACCCCAACACUCAAGCCGGAUGAAGCAAAACAUCUCACUUAUAAGGAGUGCACUAGCGUGAAAGAAUACCGUCCCAAAUACUGUAGCGACUGCAAAAAAAACAAAUGCUGUGCUCCCCACAUCACCAAGACAAUUCCAGUCAAGUUCGAAUGCAAGCAUGGAGUUCGGGAGACACAUGACUUCAUGUGGAUUAAAAAUUGCAAGUGCCACCACCGGAACUGCCCGUUUUUCUAAAAGCUUCCAUCUUACAUUCCGCGAUUUCCAACAGAGGUUGCAGCCGCCUGAGCUCGUGCAGCCUCUACACCCGUUUGGUGAGAGAUUGUAUAAGUUGUAUGAUUCUGGGAUUUUUAUUAGAGGUGACGGAAGUGAUAUGACCAAGUGCAGAAUCUUAGAUGAGAGAUUUGUACGGUCCUCCACAAUCUCUGCCGGAGGUUCUUCCGAAUGCGUUGGCGUGGAAUCUCUGAUUAGAGUUUGGUUCAGUGUAACCUCGUCCGAGGUUAAAUUAUCAUUGAGGAAUGCUCAAGAUUUUCGUCGGAGGGACAUGAUUGCGUUCUUAUUGGAUGGCCAAUAAAACUGUUGGUUCGUCUCAUCAUUUAGUUGCGAUCAAAGGUAUUCUAGAAGGAAGAUGUCACCUUGGGUGUGUAUAUAGACUUGGCUUCGGGCCUCUCCGCUUAAUGUCGUCUUCGCCGUCAUCUCUGAACCAUUUUCGGAAGUUUCCCGAGUGCAGGUCUCCUUUAUCGCACUCUUGUUUCCACAAGUGACGAGUAUCGUGCAAAGACUGUGCCGAAUUGUGACCUGUCUAAUGCUGUGGUGGGCCCUAUACAUAGGUUUGGCGUUCGGUGAAAGCCGCCAACACUGAAGUCUGACUGCAACAUGUGGCAAAAAGUCGCGUGCAAUAAUUCAUUUAUAUGACUGUCUUUUUGCGACAAAGGCAAAUUUGGAGCAACAUUUUUGUAGUAUAGCGUACAGAGUCAUGUCGCAGAGGCUCGGCGACACAUCAUUCAAUACUUACAUUUUGAUAAAGACACAUCCAGAUACAUGUAGCAUAACGACGUAAUGCAAACAACGUUAGCACUACCGUUUUUUUCGCUUGGUUGAACAAAAUAGCACAGUUUAUACAUGUACAUAAGUUCCGAGGUGAGCACAGCUCAGCUUUAAUGGGACAACUUUGGCGUGGGAUUAAGGUGGCCAUGAUGCGCCGCCUCAUGAAGCGCCAAACUGAUGCUGAUCUCGAAUAACGAUAUUUGCAGGUGGUGUGAGGAGGCAUUGGACAUGGCUUGCGAAUUUCUGGCAGCCCGACGAUUGUGGAGAAGUGUUUAGCGCUUUGAGAAGCUACGGUCCUGCUGGAAGCUGUUUUCGAUGAAAAAACAACAUACUUCAUGCCCAACUUGUCGUUUUAAAACUACUGUACUUGGUGUCUUCAAUUAAGUUCAAUUAUUGAUUCCACGUAAAUUGUACCGGUUUAGGUCAUCGGUCUUUACUAAUUCUUGAUAUUAUCUAGUCAGUUUGUUGUGUGUGUUGAUUGUGAUAUGUAGCUUGUCAUAAGUCAUGUGUUUAUGAUUUAAGAAAAUGAGCAAAACAUUUGAUCCUAGACUAUUUGCAUGUUUGUCGAUUUCAAUUUAUCAUUAAGGUGUGUAUCAUCAAAUUCAUUUGUAUAUAACCAUACAACAAGGACACUUUAAACAGUCCUUACGAACAACAAAUAAUCUAUGCAUCAAAACUAUAUGAAAAUUUUGUGAACAACGUGUGCUAUUUUCCUUUCGGAAUUAUCAAUCGUGUGACAAACAGUAACCAUGGUAACCAUUUGCGAGAUUUGUUUCGAUUCCAGCUUCUACUCAGCAGUCCCUUCCGUGAACUUCAUCCUCAUGUAGGAUGAUUUCCCAGUCGAGAAAAAUGCCUUUUGUCAGGUAAAGCGUGAUUCCAUUAACACAGGUCUUCCGCUUUGCUCACCGACGUGACAUAACUGUACUCGACCCCAGCGGGUAUUUGCCCCAAUCUAAUUACCCAAUACUAGCACAGUAAGUUGAAUGCGGCAUAUCCGCUUCCCCACCAGUUAAAUCCAGCUUUGUGUAACAAUAACGCAAUGCAGGAAAUUGUAUUGUUAACAGUGAAUUACCCAACUAAUUAUUACGCAAAAACUUCCAAAAUGACACAUGUAACGCUUUAAUGAACUUUUAUAUAUAGGCCUACAUCUUCUUGGUUUUAUUGUGUGAUUAAUAUCUAUCUUGUAGUUGUCUUAUGAAUACUUUAAUUCACAACGUACACUAAUGGUAAUACGUAAAAACGUAAGAUUUGUUUGUGAUAGAUUUUGUAUUGUCGUCCUUGGAAUCAUUCGGUGAACUUCGGAGUAAUCGACUAUCCUCGCGGUUUCGCGAACACGGAUCCUUCACAACUGUUUGUUCAGUUGCCAUGUUCUCAUCAAAGGCCGAUGUUGCAAUGAGUUGUGACACAGUAUAUCCUCUAAACUCGGUCGGGAGCCAGUACAGCCAAUACAAUGGUCAAUGCAGGAUGGUGCCCGUGCACGUGGUCAUCGUGACAGGACAUUCCGAACUCAACCGACUCUUCCCGAACGAUCCCGACAGCCGAUUCUUGUUUCUGUCGUUACCAUGUACACGCAUUCUCCGCGCAUGUUCUCCUGAUCUAUAUUUGUAAAUGACCCAGAGGUAUAAUAAACCUGGCAAUAGGUCUCUUUUGAAAUGAA